UCUGUCUGUAAUUUGGGGAGGUGGGGGGUGUUCAGAGAUUUCUACAUUGUACAUUGCUUUUUCUUGUGCUGUUUGUAAGUGCUGGGGGAUGUAAUGUGCCUGCCAGCCCCUCCUUGCUGGCUCGCUCCCCCCCUCCCACACGUGCAAAAUCCACUAGGUUUCAGACCAUCCUCUCCUGCUGGGGUCUGGCUCUUCUGGAUGAGAGAGGUUUGGGGACACUAAACUCUUUCGCCACCUCCUUUAGCCCCUGCCAUCACUCAGCAGCUCCCCCCUUUAAGUGCACAGAGGAGAUGGAUUUGCAAAGAUGUUCCUCCUGGUUCUGCAUCCUGCUGCUGGGUCUUUCCAUUGGAUUUGUCCUAUGCUCCAGGAAGGCUAUCCCCCCUAGGAGGCAAGAGCGGCUGGGGCCUCCCCUGGACAUCAAUCUUGAAGCUAUAAACUGCACGGCCUUCAGUGUACAAUGGAGAAUGCCCCGGCAGCAUGCAAGCACCAUCAAUGGAUACACAGUUUUCUACACUGAAGUAAUUAAUGGCAAACACGUGAAACAGCAGACUCAGGACGUUCCGCUAAAGCUGGAUAUGUUGAAUAUGGGGCAACUGGAGGCGAAGGAGAUGUUUAAACUGGUGCUCAAUAAUUUACAGCCAGGAACACUGCAUCGGGUUAGUGUUGGGGCCUAUAACUGGGCAGGUAAAGGACGAGCCAGUAUGCCAAGAGAUAUAUCGACCUUAUAUCCAGAUAUGUGCAUGGCGCCUGAUCCCCCAUUGCAGCCGCAGGUGGUGGUGGUGUCAGACGCGGAGGUAGCCAUUUCAUGGAAGCAAGGUGCCGGUCAGGGCAGCGCCCCAAUUCAGUAUUACUCAGUGGCAUACAAAAGGCCGGAUAUUGACAGUGAUUGGGUCGCUAUUACAGAACAGGUACAAAUGGACUCAAUGGUGCUUAAAGGUCUGACACCAGACACAAAAUAUCAGUUUGCAGUAAAAGCACUGAACUCUUUUGGAGACAGUCAGCUUAGUAUUCCCAGUGAAGUCAUCAAGACCUUCCGGAGCGACGAACUUGGAUCUGGAGGAUAUGUGGAUGGAUACGUUACAGAACCUAAAAUAGGUGACGAUGAUGGCUACAAUAUUGAUGACUCUGAUUACGAUAUAUAUAUAGAUGAUGUCCGACCACUUUCUCGCAUCAGAGGAGGGAAUAAGAAGGUUGUAAUAGAAAGCAAGAUGACACCAGGGACCUAUACAAAGAUAAUCCCUCUGAGUACUACAGCUGCCGCUGUGACUACAGCUUCUAUGGCAAAACCAUCAACAAAUCCCCCAACUACUGCUACCACUGCCACCACCACCACCACCACCAGAGCCACCACCACAAGGCCUGCUAAGAAAAACGCGAUGGUUGCUCCUCCGAGACUCUUCGAUCUGACCUGUGAGGAGACCGUCUGUCCGGCCGAUAGCUUCUGUCUUAAUGACUAUGACCGCGGGGGCUCCCAGUGCCACUGUAACCUCGGGAGAGGAGGAGAGACAUGUGAGCAAGAUAUUAACGUUCAGUAUCCUCAGUUUUACGGUCACUCCUAUAUGACAUUUGAGCCACUGAAAAACUCAUACCAGACCUUCCAAAUCACUGUGGAAUUUAAGGCUGAAGGUGACGAUGGCCUGCUUCUCUACUGUGGCGAAAAUGAGUAUGGUCGGGGAGAUUUUAUGUCAUUGGCCAUUAUUCGAAGGAGCGUCCAGUUCCGGUAUAACUGUGGUACUGGAUCUGCAGUCAUCACAAGUGACAGUAAGAUCAAACCGGGAUCAUGGCACAUUGUGACACUGUACAGAGAAGGUCUAAACGGGUGGAUCAAGCUCGAUAAUGGAGCCGCAGUGUCUGGGAGAUCACUGGGUCAGUACAGUAAGAUCACCUUCCGGACCCCCUUCUAUCUGGGCGGUGCCCCCAGUAUCUACUGGCUGGUGAAAUCCGCAGGGACCAACCGGGGGUUUAAAGGCUGCGUCCAGUCUCUGUCUGUGAAUGGCAGGAACAUUGACAUGAGACAGUGGCCCCUGGGGAAGGCCCUCAGCGGGGCCGAUGUGGGUGACUGCAGCGUCGGGGUCUGUGACGAGGCUUCCUGUAUUAAUGGAGGGACCUGCACAUCCAGGUCGGCCGACUCCUACAUGUGUCUGUGUCCUGUUGGAUUUCAGGGACGUCACUGCGAGGAAGCUUUCGUCCUGGCUAUCCCCCAGUUCAAUGAGUCGGUUCGCUCUUAUGCUGUGACAAGAUGGCCAUUUGAGCCGCACCAUUACCUCUCAUUUAUGGAGUUUGAUAUGACAUUCCGGCCGGACGCAGAAGACGGCACCAUCCUCUACAGCUACGACAAGGACAGCAAAGAUUUUGUGUCCAUCACCAUGGUCGGCGGUUACGUGGUUUUCAGGUUUGACUGUGGCUCAGGAACAGCGGUGAUACGAAGUGAGAAGACUGUAAGCCUUGGCCAGUGGCAUGAAAUGCGUGUCUCCAGAACGGCGAAGAACGGACUCCUGCAGGUCGACAACCAGAAGCAAGUGGAAGGAAUGUCUGAGGGGGGAUUCACACAAAUCAAGUGUAAUCCUGACAUCUAUAUCGGUGGGGUUCCAGAUUACGAUACAGUCAAGAAAAACUCCGGGGUCUUACGGCCAUUUAGUGGAAGUAUUCAGAAACUAAUACUCAAUGACCGGAUCAUCAACCUUGUGCACGGCCUGACAUCUGGGGUGAACAUUGCCAACACUCUCCAUCCCUGCGCCAAUGUGCCAUGUGCCAACGGCGGGAGCUGUAGACCCAAGCACGACAGCUAUGAAUGUGACUGCCCCCUGGGCUUCGAUGGCAGGAACUGUCAGAAAGAGUGUGGAAACUACUGCAUUAAUAUCAUUACAGAGGCCAUUGAAAUUCCACAGUUUAUUGGACGAAGUUAUCUUAUUUAUGACAGUCGGGAGAUUCUUAAAAGGGUUUCUGGAAGUCGAACGAACAUAUUCAUGAGAUUCAAGACUACGGUGAAGGACGGGCUGCUCAUGUGGAGAGGGGACAGUCCCAUGAGGCCCAAUAGCGACUUUAUCUCAUUAGGCCUUCAAGAUGGAAACCUUGUGUUCAGUUAUAAUUUAGGCAGUGGAAUGGUUUCAAUAAUGGUCAAUGGAACCUUCAAUGAUGGCAGAUGGCACCGGGUGAAGGCUGUACGUGACGGUCAAUCUGGAAAAGUGACGGUGGAUGAUUAUGGCGCAAAGACAGGGAAAUCCCCUGGCCUAAUGCGGCAAUUAAAUAUUAAUGGAGAACUUUAUGUAGGUGGGAUGAAGGAGAUCGCCUUACACACCAACCGGCAGUACAUCGGAGGCCUUAUAGGUUGCGUCUCCCACUUCACCCUCUCUACGGACUAUCACGUGUCACUGGUUGAAGACGCCUCAGAUGGGAAAAACAUUAAUACUUGUGGCACCAAAUAGGAGCGGAGACCUUUUCUUAUUUUUUCUGCUGAUGGAAGGAAGGGAGACUUUGCACUCGGAGGACAAUCUGCAAUCCUCGUCAUUCCAAGUAUGCUUCAAGAAAGCCAGAACCAAAAAGAAUCCUUACAGAUGUUUCCUUUUAGAAGACAAACUGAAAAAUGUUUUUUUGUUUUUUUUUUUCCGGAAGCUUCCGGCGCUGCGGAGAGCAGACUCAUCGGUGACCGGCGUGAGAUACGCGUGCCUUUUCCGCACAGCCAUCCCCCAAAAAAUCGGACAAUCCUAGUAGUACUAUUGUCCGCACCAUGAUCCGUCAUUAGUAACUAUUUAUUUUAUGAGGACUCAGGUAUAAAACCUAAAUGCAUAGAUAGGACGACCAACAUAUGAGUAGAGAAGUGGAUAAAGGUUGUUCUCACUGUCAUACGAUCAACUUCCUCUCAAUUCUGCACAGGCUCGUUCCUCCCACUCAUUGACUGCACAAGAAAUUAAAGGGGUACUCCCUUUAAAUCAACUGGUGCCAGAAAGUUAAACAGAUUUG